AUGAAGUCCUGGUCCGCCUGGGCCCUUGCGGCCCUGGCCACGUCGGCGGCCGGUGCCGCCAUCGACGACUGCCUGGCGGCGGCGUCGGUGCCGGUGGACGCCAAGGGCGGCAACGACUGGAACGCGGACGUGGCGCCGUUCAACACGCGGCUGCAAUACACGCCGGCGGCGAUUGUGGUGCCCAAGACGAUUGCGGACAUCCAGGCGGCAGUCAAGUGCGCGGCGGCCAACAAGAUCAAGGUGAGCCCCAAGGGCGGCGGGCACAGCUACGCGUCGUUUGGGCUGGGCGGCGAGAACGGGCACCUCGUGAUUGAGCUGGACCGGCUCAACAAGGUGACGGUGAACAGCACGACCAAGGUGGCGACGAUCCAGGCGGGCGCGCGGCUGGGCCACGUCUUCACGGAGCUCUACAAGCAGGGGCAGCGGGCCAUCAGCCACGGCACGUGCCCCGGCGUCGGGCUGGCGGGCCACUCGCUGCACGGCGGCUUCGGCUUCAGCUCGCACACGCACGGGCUGGCGCUCGACUGGAUGGUGGGCGCGACGGUGGUGCUGGCGAACGCGACGGUGGUCAACUGCUCGGCGACGGAGAACGCGGACCUGUUCUGGGCGCUGCGCGGCGCGGGCUCGUCGUUUGGCGUCGUGCACACGUUCUACUUCAACACGUUUGCGGCGCCGCCGCAGACGACGGCCUUCCAGGUCAACCUGCCGUGGAGCAGCGCGGGCGACUGCGCCAACGGGUGGAGCGCGCUGCAGGACUGGCUGAGCGCGGGCAGCAUGCCGGCGGAGCUCAACUUCCGCAUCUUUGGCAGCAGCUACCAGACGCAGAUCCAGGGCCUCUACCACGGCGGGCAGGCGGCGCUGCAGACGGCGAUGCAGCCGCUGCUGGGCAAGCUGGGCGCGUCGCUGUCGCAGGUGCAGCAGACGGACUGGGUCGGCGGGUUCGCCGCCUACGACAACGGCGACACGGUGGACGCCUCGCACCCCUACAACCAGCACGAGAACUUUUUCUCCAAGAGCAUGGCCACGACGGCGCUGCCGGCGCGCGCGCUGCAGGCCGUCUGCGGCUACUGGAUGAACCAGGCCCGCAGCAACACGCGCUCGUGGUACAUCAUCAUCGACAUGAUGGGCGGCAAGAACGCCUUCAUCCCCUCCGUCGCCAGCAACGCCACGAGCUUCGCCCACCGCGACAAGCUGUUCUUGUACGAGCUCUACGACCGCGCCAUCUUCGGCUCGUUCCCGUCCAACGGCUUUUCCUUCCUCAACGGCUGGGCCGACUCCUUCACCCAGAACCUCGCCGCCAACCAGUGGGGCAUGUACAUCAACUACGCCGACCCGACCAUGAACCGCACCUACGCCAACCAGGUCUACUACGGCAGCAGCCUGCCGCGGCUGCAGCAGAUCAAGGCCGCCGUCGACCCGACGCAGGUCUUUGACUAUCCGCAGGCGAUUGCGCCGGCCAAGUAG